AUGCUCUUUCGUGGCAACAUCUCUCCUCUCUCACCCUCUCUACGAUUCAACCUCAAAACACGAACUCCACGUCGAAACCUCACCGUCUCAUCCCGAACAAGCUUAGACUACCCGCUCUCCAUAUCCGACGAGGCACUCGAGUCACGAGGCUUCAUUCUCCGGCGAACCGCGGAGGGGCUAAACCUGGAAGGGCUGAACAAAGUAUUCGUAGCGGUGGGGUUUCCUAGACGUGACCCGGAGAAGAUACGAGUGGCGCUUGAGCAUACAGACUCGAUGGUGUGGGUGGAGCAGAGAAAGUCGCAGAAAGCGGUUGCGUUUGCGAGAGCUACUGGGGAUGGUGUUUUCAAUGCGAUUAUUUGGGAUGUUGUUGUUGAUCCUUCGUUUCAAGGGAUUGGGCUUGGGAAAGCUGUUGUGGAGAGGCUCAUUGAGGAUCUUGUGGGGAGAGGAAUUUCGAAUAUUGCUUUGUAUUCUGAGCCUCGUGUUCUUGGCUUUUAUCGCCCUUUGGGGUUUGUUUCUGAUCCCGAUGGGAUUAGAGGAAUGGUUUACUCUAGAAAACAAAAGACUAAAUAA